CACAAAAGACACUAAACCAGCUAUGAAUUCAAGGCCCGAGGUCUCACGUGGAACGCGAAGGCGGCGCCGAUACCGUACGCCCAUCAGCUGCCGGCCUUGUCGGCAGAGCAAACUACGCUGCGACCGCCAGACUCCCUGCGCAUCAUGUAGGCGCAGAGACUGUGUCGCGCAAUGCAGGUACACCCAUGAGAGAAUGACGCCCGCAGCUCAGCCAGAUGACAGCAGCCAUCCUACCAACAACAGCCAACCUUCACCCUUGUCAGGGCCUCUGCGAUCACCAAAUAGCUCCCCCAGGGAUGAAACCAUUAGUUCACAGCCCUCUCCCCCCUCAGUAUCCUCGGCGUUUUGCGACGCUAGCCAACAACAGCAACAAGACCAACUACGGCGCAACCUCUACCAAGACUUUACUCAGUCUCACUGGGAUGCAGUGCUGCAGAGACCUAUUGAUUAUACCAGGCGUUCCACCCUUGCAGCUCAGGGCACCCUUAAUCAACCAGAAGCUUUGUAUUUCCCAUUUCCUCUUGCUUCCGAGGUUACAGUCAAUGAUCUGACCAGCGCCUUGCCACCUCGCGAGUCGUGUGAGUAUCUAAUCAUUCAGUACUUCACCCGCAUAUCUCCCUUCUUCCAUAUACUUCACGGACCGACUUUCCAGAAGCAGUUUGCAGCCUUUUUCAGAGACACAGCCAGUUGCGACUUAUCAUGGCUGGCGCUGCUUUUUCUCAUAUGUUCUGCCACUCUAAAAACCAUCGAUGAAAGCGACGAUGUCAUCAAUUCCAUCGCGCCAAAUAGAUUUCUAGUUCGUUAUCGCUUGAGGACCCUGGAGGCAUUGCUUGUCCUUGUUUACACAAUCAGUCAUAACGAGGGAGCUGAACAAAGCUGGGUCAUGCUCGGGAUGGCGUCGAAUAUUGGCAUAGCGUUACAAUGUAAUGCAGCCAAGCCAAAUCCAAAUCUAACUUUCAUUGAAAGAGAACGUCGCAGACGAUGCUGGGCCGGUAUACUUCUCUUACAUACUUACCAGGCUAUUCUAUUUAGAGAUGUCGAUAUGUCAUCUCUUAUACAUGAUUAUACAACCAUGCCCGCAAACGUCAACGAUACCGAUAUCUUGAACGAUCGGAUUCUUCAACCUUCGACACAGCCGACGCAGAUGUCUGGUAUGAUAUUCAAGAUAUCCCUAUUACGGCUUUCGGCACGCAUUUGUAAAGAGCAUUCAGACGUGACACCACUCACUGAAGGUCGGCUUGUGGCUCUGGAUGCUGAGAUAGCCUCCGAGCAACAACGCUGGGCUUCCGUAUUUCUCGUGGAUGGAGCACCAAGUCUCCUUGACUCAUCCAGCUACGCUCUGUGGUCGAGACAGAAGUGCAUCGCAUCAAGCUUAGUACUUCUUGACAUUCAUCGGAAAUGGACGGAGCUUCCCCGUUUGAGAAGCUACAGAUGGUAUGCAUAUGGCGUGGUUGGAUCUUGCGCUCUACAUGGCGCUGUUACAUUGGCGUCAUGUCUUCUGGAACAAACGGAUCAAGAAAUUGAUACAUCUGCCGAGAGAAAGGCAUUUGAUGCCGCAGUCCUCCGUCUAAGCAAGUUACAAGAACGAAGUUCCCUAUAUGUAAAAGCAUACCCGGUUCUUCGUCAGCUACAGUCAAUGCUCUCUCCAGACAGCAUCCCCUGGUCUUCUGAAGCUGCUCAGGAAUUUGAAACUAAUUUUGAUGACUGGAUAGAUAACGUGCAGUGGCUCGACCCCGAGUCCAUAGAUUGGAACUUCUGGGAAGAGAUUUUGAAGUCGGGGCUAAGUGAGGUUCCCUCUUGA